ACCUACUGGUUUGAACUUGUAACAGGUACUGAUGGCAGCAGGGGAUACAUUUCGAGCAGCUGCUAGUGAUCAGCUGGAGAUAUGGGCCGAGAGGACUGGUUGUGAGAUUGUUAUGGCUGAAGGAGAAAAGGCCAAAGCAUCAGCAGUUCUUUCUCAGGCCGUGAAGAGAGGGAAACUAGAAGAUUAUGAUAUUGUCUUGUGUGACACCUCAGGACGUCUUCACACUAAUUACAGUCUUAUGGAAGAGCUGAUAUCAUGUAAGAAAGCUGUAGGAAAAGUUGUUCCUGGUGCUCCUAAUGAGAUCCUUCAGGUUCUGGAUGGAACAACUGGUUUAAACAUGCUUCCGCAAGCAAGAGAGUUCAAUGAUGUUGUUGGAAUCACUGGAUUGAUAUUGACAAAACUUGAUGGUUCUGCAAGAGGGGGCUGCGUGGUAAGUGUAGUAGAUGAGCUUGGCAUCCCAGUGAAGUUCGUUGGUGUUGGUGAAGGUGUUGAAGACCUCCAACCCUUCGAUGCAGAAGCCUUUGUUAAUGCCAUAUUUCCCUAGGCCUUAAAAGUGGUGGUUAGUGUAACGUAUUUGACGCCUUCUUUUUGGCAGGGGUGUCUCCUCUCGACAGAAGAGGUAAAGGAAACAGUGAAAGCUGGAAGUUGAAGUGAACAAAUUGAUAUUGCAUAGAAGCACGAUUCUACCUGCUAUAUUGUUAUGCUUGCUUAUAAUUACAUAUCCUGGGGCAGUUAAGCAAGUUUCUGCUAUUGGGAGCCUUGUUUUGCCCGUGAUUGCUGCUAACUUCAUGUUGCCGAGUGAGUUGCAAGAAAAUAUCUACAGAUGAUCAAUGCGUUUGCUGAUCUGUUAUAAGUACAUUUUAGUUGCCAAGAGUAGUACCAAGUUUUUCAGUGCGGGGAUUUUUUUGGGGGGAUCGAUUUUGUACUCUGUUAUUUGAACUAAUUGGAGUAAUUUAGACUUACCGUUUUACUUUGGAAAA